AUGUCUGACGAAAAAGGUGGCUCUCCUCUUCACACCGUUGGUUUCGACCCAAGAUUUCCAAAUCAAAAUCAAACUAGACACUGUUGGCAAUCAUAUGUGGACUACCACAAGUGUAUUAACAUGAAGGGUGAAGAGUUUGCUCCUUGCAAGGUUUUCUGGAGAACUUACUCCUCCCUAUGUCCAGUUGACUGGGUUGACAAGUGGGAUGAACAGAGAGAAAAAGGUAUCUUUGCUGGUGAUAUCCAACCAUGA